CUUCAUGCCUUCCAUUCUUAUUUCGUGACCGAUGUGGGACUUUUUAAAAGAGUAACACAAGACAAAUCAAAACACUCUUUUUCGGUUAGCGGGUUUAGACGAGGCUUAACCGACAAUAGUCUUUUUCGUUCUUGCCUUGUUCAGCUGGAGUCCGAGAAGAACAAGAAGAAGAAGAAGCCAAACUUUCUCAGAUCUUCCAUCCUCGUGUUUUUUGCCGAAGAGUAAUCGCAAUCAGCUUUGGAAGAAGAGAGGAUUGUUCAGUCGUUGUCUUGCCAUGGCCAUGUAUAUCCGUGUGAAGCGCAUGAAAGCCACUUACUUUAUCCAAUGCGAUCCCACAGAGACUGUUUUGGAUGUUAAACAAAGACUCUGUACCCUCAUUGAGCAACCAGUCAGCAACCAGCGUCUCAUCUUAAUGUCUACCGAAGAAGUAUUAGAGGAUUCAAAAUCUCUAGCCGAGCAGAAGGUUGAGAAUGAUGCAGUCGUGGCUCUGACUUUGAGGAAAGACGAUGGCGACUUUGAGGAUGUUGACAUUGCACAGCCCACCGACUUUUCUGUUGCAUGAUGGAUGGAAUAGGCUGUAUCAGGAGAACCUUUUGUUUCAACAGGAGAAAAGAUUGAUGGUGUUAACACGAGGAGGAGUCUAUAAACGCUUCAAGUUGUAUCUUUCUCUCUGCUUGUAUCAAUAACGCCUCUUUAGUUGUUACAAACAAUUGUUGUAAGUAAAGAUAUUGAGAUUUGGAAGUGCGAAUUGCAGAUUAUAAGUUGUCAGUGAAGUCUUUCAUGUUA